AAUAUAGAGAUAGAAUAAGCCGCAAGCUUCAGUAGCACGAAAGCUUAUUUUAUAGAAAUAAAUAUAUUAAAUAUCUGGGGAACUAAACAAAGACAUGCUUCUCAGCUAUUGUUACUCGAUAAGCUCCUUACUUAUUAUUGAAGGGUUCGCUUCCUUCGCUGUGAUAUUUAUUCAGAUUUAGUUUAGCAGUACAUUCUUCUAUUAAUUUAAAGUAACAUUGCAGUCAAGUGUACGUAUAUUGUGAGUGGGUUUGGUGUCACGUGACCGACAUAGGAGAAAGAGACGGAAGGCAACCUCGACCUAUAUUUUCUGUACUCCGAAUUCCAUAGAACGGUAUAUUUAGAUCAUGACUCAGGAUAUCACCGACGAAGUGCUGGAAAUGGAUGAAUCAAACGCACAUUCUUUGAAUCCGAGAGACCAGCUCCCCGAAGCAACGCCAUCUCCAACAGGGUACAGAGAUUACAAGCCCCCUGCUGAGGUUCUGAGUGGUGGUUAUCAGAGAAACAUUGGUUUUACGAAAAAUAUCAGUCCUAGACGUGAAUUUGGCAGAGAUAUUGAAGAUAUUGCACACAAGACCAUACUUCUCGGGGAUAGUGGUGUAGGAAAAACAUCGCUGCUAGUUCAAUUCGACACUGGAAGUUUCUCGGGGAAUUUCGCUGCUACAGUUGGGAUCGGAUUCACGAAUAAAGUGGUUAACGUGGGUGAUACGAGAAUAAAACUACAGAUAUGGGACACUGCAGGCCAGGAAAGAUUCCGAAGCGUCACCCACGCGUAUUAUCGAGACGCCCAUGCAUUACUUUUGCUCUAUGACGUGACGAACAAGACCAGCUACGAUAACAUCAGAGCCUGGCUUGGCGAGAUCCGGGAGUACGCUCAGAAUGACGUUGUCAUAAUGCUCCUCGGUAAUAAGUCAGAUUGCGGUAAUGAACGUGUAAUCAAGAUUGAGGAUGGCAAGCGGCUAGCGGACGAGUAUCAAGUUCCAUUCAUGGAAACUUCUGCCAAGACUGGCCUCAAUGUCGAGUUGGCUUUUCUUGCUAUUGCUAAGCAAUUAAAAGCCCGCAAAAGUGGUAAUCCAGACGACAGUAAAUUCAAUGUACGUGAUUAUGUACGACAGGAAUCGCAACAAAAAAGAAGUACCUGCUUCAGUUCAAAUUGCCAGACGACCUGAAUUAUUUCAUUCUCUAUAUAUAUAUAUAUGAACACAUAUGUAAUAAAGAAUGGUGCUUACAUCCGCGCGAACAAUAGCAUUGCAAUUCUGCGCUUCAAUACCCGACAUCCAAUUUUAAACUGUUGAACAU